AGGCUCACUCCUCAAGAUGAGAGCUCUCACAUACACGCUACUGUUAGUGGCCCUCGCGGCUGCGUUAGCAGUCCCCGUCCCCCAGGAUGUAGCAGAGACGACCAGAGAGAAGCGCUCUCCGGGCGGCUGGCAUCAACCCGAGGGCGUAUGGAAGAAGAAGCUCGUCUGGAAGGAGGAAUGGAAGCAAAUCUGGAAGACCGAGAAAAAGCUAGCCUGGAAAACUGAAUGGAAAAAAGAAAAAGAACCAGCGUGGAAAACUGAAAAAGUACAACAGUGGAAAGAAGAACAGGUGCCCGCUUGGAAAGUAGUACAAAAACCAAUAUGGAAAGAAGUACAGGUACCCAUCUGGAAGGAGGUUCAAGUACCAGACUGGAAGAAGGUUUGGAAACCAGUAUGGAAAGAAAUCAAAGUGCCAGUGACCAAGACUAUUCAAGUUCCCGAAUGGAAACAAACUUACGUCCCAGAAUGGGUGAAGGAAGGCGUUCCCGGAGAAAAGUUCUUAGGCAAAGAUGACCAUGGAUGGGAAUAUACCAGCCACGAUUUAUGGCGAAAGAAGAUGAUCUGGAAACCCGUGUGGAAGAAAGUCUGGAAAACUGAGCACAAGCAAGAAUGGGUAGUGGAAAAGAAACUAGAAUGGAAAGAAGAAUGGAAGCAGAUCUGGAGAACUGAGAAGAAGCAAGCGUGGGUGACGGAGAAAAAGCAGGAAUGGAUAGAAGAGAAAGUACAAAUAUGGAAGACGGUGAAGAAAGAAAUCUGGGUUCCAGUCCAGAAGAAGAUCUGGGUAGAGAAGUGGAAGCAGAUUCAGGUACCGGUAUGGAAGACUGUUGAGGUUCCAGCGUGGAAAAAGGUAUGGAAACCAGUCUGGCAGAAAGAGUGGGUGCCGAUCCACCACGAGCAUCACGGAUGGGACUAAUUAGGUAACCACUUUCUUUGCAUUUCAUUACCAUAUUAUAAUAAUGAUUGUAGAUAAAGAUACUGUAGAUACUUUCGAUAGUAUUACAUAUCUCGCUACGAUCAUUGCCAGUCUAAAUAUGGUAGUGCAAUGAGGGUUUAGACAAAAGGAUAGACCAUAGGAGUAACUUUAUGUAAUCUAUUUUUGUCUUAUGGUCUAACGGCCGAAACAUAUUUGUAUAUAUGGAAUACCAUUUUGUAGUUUCGUCGGUCCUUUUGCCUUCCAUUGUAGUCACUUUGUUAACUAUUGUUACCAGUUACCAAUUGUAAAUAUGCUAUUAUAGUACUCAAAGGGAUGUUGUAGCAGUAGUUUGCCAAAACUGUAGUGUUAUGAUUACGAUUUAAAGCCAAAUUUUCCUAAUCUGCCAGAAAACCCUGAAUUUUUUUGACACCGUAUGGAAUAUAUCUUUAUAGGACACCCUUAAGUGCAGUUGUUUGUCGAGUAGAAUUUCGUAUAUUGACCUCUAAAUAAGUGUCUCUGUCACUCGCGUGCAAUUCAUAAAUAUGCAUGAGUGCAACAGCAAUAAUAAUUGUGGACAAGCAACAAUGUUUAUGAAGGCCAAUAUGCAAAAUUUAACUACUCAAUGGCGUUAUUUAAAGGAUUUAUCUCUAAACUAUUGUGCAAAUCCCUAAUCGCUUUGUCGGAAACAAAACACUACAGUUAAGGGACAAGUAAAUCGUCGGAUUGACAUUAGAAUGGCACCUUUCUGGUGGUAUCGUUAUAAAAGGCCAGUCUUCUUAAUCAUCUUGUGGGUCACACUGAUUUUUGUCUGUUAUAUUUUGUAGAUUACUGUUACCUUAAAUUGACCAGUUUGUUGAUUUUACAUUAGUUAAAUUAACGAAUUCAUUCUUGAAAAAAAUUUUUUUUGCAUGGCGACGCGGUGCGAAUGCUGUUUGCGAUUGUAUAUUUACUACGGACGUAUGUUAGAUCUCUUUCUAACUAAUACCUGCGUCCUUUAGCAAGCGACAGUGUUUUGCAUUGCGUGCCAUGCAUUAAGCGAGAAAAAUUUGGUAUUUGUAGAAAUAUGUUUUUUUUUUCCAAAACAUGUUUUUUACAGAUACGAAAUUUUAAAAAGUGGUUAAAGUUAACCUUAUUUUUAAUCUAAAGAUAAAAUUGCAACAGUAUAAUAACUAAAUUAUGCAUUCAUAGUUUAGGAUAAUGUUUAAUGCUAAACAUAUAUUAUGUUUACGCAAAGUUUGAAUCCGAAAUUGAUAUCAUUUCAUUUAACCUCUAGCCGCCCGGAGACCUAUAAAAAGGUCUCCUGUUCCAUUCUAAUUUGAACUUUGUGUUGACAAGAUCAAGAUUUCAUUUUGCUUGGCAAGGUUUGACAUAUGGGCGGCUAGACAUUAAUUUAUUUAAAUUGAAACCAUUUCACACGCUGUAUAUUGCUUUAUAAUGUCUAAUUUGAAUAUGUCUCAGGUGAGCAUUUAUCAACAAAAAAUAAUAUUUACACCAUUUUUCAUCUAUUUUAACCUGUGUCAUAUUUAUGACUUUUUAUAACUUAGUAUGACUUAUUAAUAUCUUUAUUAAGUUAUUGUAUGAAAACAUUUUUUAGAUUCUGUUGCAAUUUCAUCUCAUCACAUAAAUUAAAUAUUUCCAAGGCCUUUUAUGUGACUUAACUUUAUAUAAAGAUGCCCUUCGAUUCUGAACCUUGGUUUUGAGGAGUUAAGGUACAUAUUUGUUUUAUAGAGGCUCGGUUUACAUUCCCGGUGUUAGAGUACAUUGUUUUUUAUGUUUUAUAAACAUACUUUUGUUUUUUUUUAAGUGUUAGCAAUAUACGAAUUUAAUAUAAA